GUUCCAGGCGGACCCAGAGCGAGCCUACGAGGGGAAAGGGGGGGAGAAAGCAUGGCACAGUCUUGGGGUGGGGGUGGGGGUGGGGGAAAGGAACUGGGGUCUCUUGCUGCCAAGCGACCAGCCCACGCGAGGAUAACGCCCAGAGGUGCCCGGUCGCUGAUCUGGCCCGACUGCACGUUACUCUUGACACCUCCCAGCAUCCUGGCCCUGACUCAUCUUUCUCAGCUCUAACACCCUGCCGUCCCCCAUAGGGCUGUGGCUCCUCGCCAUUUAGAUAUUCCACUGUUAUGUUUUAAAUAAUUAUUCCAUUGAUUUAUGUUUGAGGAUUACAAAAAUAAUAUAUGUCCACCAUAGAAAAGAGAGAAAGAAAAGAAUAAAGAGCAACACCUGGAGAUAAGCAAUGUGAACAUUUUGGUAUAUUUCUUCCAGCCUUUUUCUAUAAAUGUCAGUACACACGUAUAUUUACAAAAUUCUGAGUCUGCACUGCUGACUACCUCUUGUUGUUUUUAAUCCACUUUAUGUGAGUACUAUGCCAUCUGAUUGAAAAAGGAACCCGAGACAGUUUCAGAGACAUGACUUGUCACGAGUUGUCAAUGUUUUAUUAUCCUUGAGCUUUCAUUUGUGCAAGAAGAUUGAAGCUGCCAUGUGAGAGUUUUGAAUAGUUUCCUCACAUUCCCUAACAUAAACACCCUCCCAGCAAGUAGGGAGCAGCCCUCACUGGGAGGGUGCUUGGGCAGGGUACAGGUGCCUGAAUAGAGGAUUGUUUGACAUCACUCCCUUGUUUUUGUGUAUGUGUGUGUUUAAUGUCUCCACUGAAGCUAAGAAGGGAGUUUUGGAAAAAGGAAAGCACCAAAUUUCGGUUGACGACAAACUUGUGACUAUUUCCCUGGAACGCACUGAAAAUUCAGUAGAGAAGAAUGGAAUGUCUCAAGUGCAAACACAAUCACAAGAAGGGGCAAGGCCUGGUGAGAAGCAUCCAAAUGGAGAACAUAUUCCUAAUUCUGUGGAUUCCUGUGUCCAAAAGAUCUUCCUUAGUGUCACAGCUGACCUGAACUGUAACCUGUUCUCUAAAGAGCAGAGGGAACACAUAACCACUCUUUGCCCCAAUGUCAAGAGAAUGGAGGGCUCCGAUGGAAUUGAGAAGAAAGAGCACCCAAACCCAGGAAAGCCAUAUUCUGGAACACAGCGAACUGCAUUCUUACCUGCUAACGAGGAAGGGAAGGAGGUUUUGACACUGCUUCAAAAGGCCUUUGCCCAAAAGCUAAUUUUCACAGUGGGGGAUUCUCGAGUUUCAGGAAUGUCAAAUGUCAUUACAUGGAAUGAUAUCCACCACAAAACCUCCAGGACUGGGGGACCAGAAAGGUGAGAACGUUUUGAAAUACAAUGAUUGCCAAACAGAGUUUAGAGGUCGUAAGCUAUGGCAAUUUGAGGAUAUGGCUGUAAGGGACUAUUUAUAGAAGUGGGAUUGGGUACAGUAUUUUGAGAGAGGUUAAUCUCAAAGGCAGAAAGAUUGGUUCCCAUCACCUUCUAACUGUAUGAUAUCACAAAGUAUCAUACAGUUACUAAAUUUUGCAUCGAAAGGCAAGGGUCUUCAGAAUCCAAGAUCAAUGAUAUCUCAGAUGACUUGAUUUGAGGUGUCCUGUUUAUUUGAAGGGUAGAUCCUAAGAAUGUUAUUUACUUUGCCUUCUUUUAAGACCAUCCUUACACCCCCUCCUCCCAUCGGUCCAUAGAGAUUCUUAAUUUACUUGACUAAUAGUACCCUAGAAAAGCUCUUAUUUAAUGUGAAAGUUGUAUUGUG